UAGACAGGGCAAUGGAAGAAUUAAACAUCAAAAAGAAUGAACUGCAAGUAAGCUCUAUAGAGGUGAAUAAACAGAGACAUGAGAUGUCAAAUGAAAAGAUCAGGAUGGAACAAGACAAACAAAACAUUCAAGGUGAAAAGGCAGAACUGGAACGGAUCAAGACUGAGUUACAAGAAAGGUCGGACAGUCUAGAUCAACUCAUGGACAUGACAAAACGAGAAAAGGAGGGCCUUGAAGUGAUUUCUGGCCAGAUUCAGAAGGAAAGAGAGGAUAUUACAAAACAAACGGAAGAUGUCAAGAAUACAACACAGGUUCUUGAGGCAAUGAAAGCUGAAGUUGAGUCAGAGAAACAAGGAAUUGAAAACAUCAAGAAGAUGCUGUCAGAUGAAAGAGAUGACCUAAAACAGAUGAAGAUUGAGCACAUGGCUGAAUUGAAAAAGGAAGAGCAAGACAUUAAGGAGAGUAUCAACAAGAUGAGAGACAACCUUGAGCAGAUCACAGCUGAAAUACAACAACAGAGAGAUGAUGUAGACAGGGCAAUGGGAGAAGUAAACAUCAAAAAGAAUGAACUGCAAGUAAGCUCUAUAGAGGUGAAUAAACAGAGACAUGAGAUGUCAAAUGAAAAGAUCAGGAUGGAACAAGACAAACAAAACAUUCAAGGUGAAAAGGCUGAACUGGAACGGAUCAAGACUGAGUUACAAGAAAGGUCUGAGAAUCUAGAUCAACUCAUGGACAUGACAAAACGAGAAAAGGAGGGCCUUGAAGUGAUUUCUGGCCAGAUUCAGAAGGAAAGAGAGGAUAUUACAAAACAAACGGAAGAUGUCAAGAAUACAACACAGGUUCUUGAGGCAAUGAAAGCUGAAGUUGAGUCAGAGAAACAAGGAAUUGAAAACAUCAAGAAGAUGCUGUCAUAUGAAAGAGAUGACCUAAAACAGAUGAAGAUUGAG